ACGUGUUCUCGUCUUCAGUCCUACCGGGGACCCUGACACGGGACGGCACCGGACUGCAUGUUGUGCUAUUGAUCCCGGUUGCUGUCAGUUUGUGUGUAUCGGCUCGAGAGGAGAAGGAGAAGAGGAGGGGGUCUCAGUCACUCUCUCUCACACACACACACAUGCCGAGGUGACGUCGACUGCGCCGCGUCCGGUUACUGUGGUGGUUCCUGCGAAAAAAUUGUCGUGAUCCACACCGCUUCUCCUCCAUCGGAAUGAGUAGUAACAAUGUGAGGUCGGAAAUGUUCGUCAGGGCUGGAUGAGAGAGAGGGAAGAGGAAUUAAAAAAAAAGGGGGAGGCACCUGUGAGACGGAUCGGGUCAAGCCUACCGCGGUGUCAAGUUUACGUUAAUCACGUCGCGGUACAGUUUCAGACAUAUUUGUCAAGCGGAGGGAGGUAGUCAUCAUCGGAUCAGCUCCAACCGCCGCCGCCGCUCCGACACAAAUUAUGACUAACUACGUGUUGUUGUCACGGACUUAACGUGUGAGGUGAGCUGUGACUGUCCCCUUCUCUGUCUCUCUCUGUGCACCUGCAUGCACCGCGGGCAGCCCCGGCCUGUUGGAGAGACGCUGUGCUCAGAGGCUGUGCUGCACUAGGAGAAACCCAUGGCUUUUGGCCAUCCAUCUUCCUCCGUAGGCCGCAGGCUCAGGCUGCUGGAGGUGCUACUUGGGCCUCUGUUGGUCUUGUUGGUGUCUGGGCUGGGACCAGUGCGUACUGAGAAGGUCUACACAAACACAUGGGCUGUCCACAUACCUGGAGGUCAGGAGGAAGCAGAGCGAAUUGCCGCCAAACAUGGGUUCAUAAACUACGGACAUGUAUUUGGUGAUUAUUAUCACUUCCGGCAUCGUAGGGUGAUGAAGAGAUCGCUGUCAGAUCACAGGGGUACACAAGUUCGUCUUGAUAAAGAUCCUAAGGUGACUUGGGCAGAGCAACAGGUGUCAAAACGGAGGAAAAAGAGGGACGUCUAUGUAGAACCUUAUGAUCCCAAGUUCAGAGACCAGUGGUACCUGUACAACGGCAACCACCGUGACCUGAAUGCCAAAGCUGCGUGGCAGUUGGGCUACACAGGUAAAGGGGUUGUAGUGUCCAUCCUGGAUGACGGAAUAGAGAAGAACCAUCCUGACCUGAAGCAGAACUACGACCCGGAUGCCAGCUACGAUGUGAACGAUGGCGACCCCGAUCCUCAGCCUCGAUACACACAGCUCAAUGACAACAGGCAUGGAACACGUUGUGCAGGAGAGGUGGCCGCGGUAGCCAACAACGGGAUCUGUGGAGUCGGCGUGGCCUACAAUGCCAAGAUUGGAGGUGUACGCAUGCUGGACGGUGAGGUGACCGACAUGGUGGAGGCCCAGUCUCUCAGUCUAAAUCCUCAACACAUCGACAUUUACAGCGCCAGCUGGGGCCCCGAGGAUGAUGGCAAAACUGUGGAUGGACCUGCCAAACUGGCCAAAGAAGCCUUCUUGCGUGGAGUUACAGAGGGUCGUAACGGUUUGGGCUCCAUCUUUGUGUGGGCCUCUGGGAACGGAGGGAGGGAGAAGGACAGCUGCAACUGUGACGGCUACACAAACAGCAUCUACACCCUGUCCAUCAGCAGCUCCACCCAGAACGGCAACGUCCCCUGGUACAGCGAGGCGUGCUCCUCCACCCUUGCCACUACCUACAGCUCGGGGAACCUAAACGAGAAACAGAUAGUGACUACAGACCUCAAAUCAAAAUGCACCGACUCCCACACAGGCACCUCUGCCUCCGCCCCGCUGGCUGCUGGGAUCAUCGCCCUCGCCCUUGAGGCCAAUAAAAACCUGACCUGGAGGGACAUGCAACAUCUGGUUGUACGAACUUCUCACCCUGCCCACCUGCUCACCAAUGACUGGAGAACCAAUGGCGUUGGCCGCAAAGUUAGCCACUCAUAUGGAUAUGGACUACUUGAUGCCAGUGCAAUUGUAGCACUGGCACAGACAUGGACCAAUGUAGGGCCACAGCGGCAAUGUGUGAUCAGCAUGGUCUGUGAGCCGAAGAACAUUGGCUUCCAUUUGUCAAUCAACAAGAGUGUGGACGCCUGCAUCGGGACAAACAGUCACGUGACCUCAUUAGAGCACGUCCAGGCCCGGCUCACCCUGUCCUACAACAGGAGGGGAAACCUUGCUAUCCACCUCAUUAGUCCUGCUGGCACACGCUCCACGCUGCUCCACCCCAGGCCUCAUGACUACUCGUCAGAGGGUUUUAAUGACUGGGCUUUCAUGACCACCCACUCCUGGGAUGAGAACCCCACCGGGGCAUGGACACUGGAGAUCGAGAACGUGGCCGGUGCCAGUGACUAUGGCACUCUGACCCAGUUCAUCCUGGUGCUGUACGGCACCGGCACACCAUCCUCCAGCUCCUCUGACGAGCCUCAGCCUGGCAAUGACAGCUGCAAGACCUUGGACCUGAGGCAGAUAUGCAUCGAGUGUGACACCGGCUACUACCUCUUUCAGCAGGGCUGUGUGAAAGAAUGUCCAGCAGGCUUCUCCGUGGGCUCCCAGCCCCUAAACUACACAGUGGGAAACUCUAUUCCACCAGCUUCCGUCCCCGCCUGCCUGCCCUGCCCACCGCCCUGCCUGACCUGCAGCAGCCUCAGCCCUCGGGCCUGCCUGUCCUGCCCCCCUCACAGCUCCCUGGACCCCAUAUCUGGCACCUGCCUGCACCUUAACCAGUACAUGCGCGAGUCCCCCGGCAGCUUCAUGGUGGGCCCAGGGAACCUGGGAACGGAUCUGGAGCCAAUCUCCCGCCUGCCCAUAACCAUUGCUGUGCUCAGCUGCAUGGCCAUCAUCGCUACCUUCGCUGGUGUCUUCCUGAUGCUACAGCUGCGUUCAGGCGCACUCAUUAAGCUGCCCUCUCUGGAAGCUGGUGGCGGCCUCGGGGGUGGCUUCAGCCUUGGGGGAAAUAGGGUGGUGUCAUACCGCGGCAUCCCAACUGUGUGGGGCGAUGAAGAGGCAAAUACAGACUCCGAAAACGAAGAGUUUGACGUCCACAAUGAGAGGACUGCCUUUAUCAAAACACAAAGUGCUCUUUAAUGCCUCCCCACGUCCCUCCUUCUCCUGCUUUUAAAUCCCCGACCAUUUGUCUGAUAAUUCAGGGCUGUGGUAACUGUCCUUUCACAGUCUUUUCUGGUUUUAUCUCUCAUCCCUCUGGUUCUGUUUCUGUCUCACUGGGUUUCUCAUCUGAGUCCUGCUUCAGGACCUUGACUUCCACUCUGCAGUGGGAGACCUGAUGGGAAGCCGCUGUCCCUCAGAGCUUGGGAUGGCCCGAGCUUUGCUCUGUUCACACUUGGGCGCAUUUCUAUUAAACUGGCUCUCUCCCUCCUCUUGCCCUCAAUCACUAAGAAUGUCUGUCUGUGCAGAGUCCAUUCCCCCCUCCAGCUCCUUUUUGUUACAGCAAACAAAUGAUUAUUAUUUGCUUUCUUCCUCCUUUUUUCCCCUCUUUCCAUCAGUCUCAGUGCAGUAGCCGGACGAGAUUGUUGACUGUGAGGAGCAGAGAUGUGUGUGUGUGUGUGUGUGUGUGUGUGUGUGUGUGUGUGUGUGUGUGUGUGAGUACUCAUGUUUGUUAGCGUGUGUGUGUGUGAGUGUGAAAAUCUGAUGAAGAGUGUAGUGCCCUUCAUAGAGAAGCUAACGCUGGUCCUGUCACAUUUGCUACUUGAACUUAAAAACGGUGACAAAAAAUUGCAUUAUGAGGCAUGAAAUCAGAUUUGGUAACACUGGUUCUCUCCAAAGUGUCAUUUAGUGACAUCAACAUCCAAAAUCUGUCCCGGAAAGCACCACUUAUCUGCAGUGAUUCACAGUUUUAAAGUGCAUUUUAAAAAUGCUCAGAUCAAAAGCGUAAAGUGGGAAACGUUCAGACACUGACUGGUGACACGCGAUUAUAAACCAUUAGAGAAACAAAACAGACUGAGAGCUUUCUCAGUAUGUAAUGCCGGCUUUUUUUUGACAAUGAGAGAAUGAACGGUAUUUCCCCUAAACUAUCAGUCUUUCAAACAGCCAGUUGUUGAUCUGGGUGUGACUUUAGCUCUUCUGUUGUACACAAAGUGGAAAAGAUCUCUUUCAGCUCUGGAACAUCAAACAGUGAGUCACACCACCAGCAAAGCUUCCUCCAGCUUUUUGGGCUUUAAGAUGGACUCUUAUCCCAUUUUGGAAACUAUAAUUUAUCCCCCUGCUCAUAAAAGGUCAUCCAUCAGAAGAUCCAUUUGGAGAAAAAAAACACACUCACACACAGACCACUCGAUCAACCCUGAGGCACAAUCCUUUCCAGGGAUAUUUCAUUCCUGUGUUUGAUGUUCUCAUAUCCUGCUGCCGAGGUUGUGAUGGGACCCGGAACAAUAUGUGACCGUUGAGCACAAGCGCCCUCUCAAAGCAUCGAGUAGGUGUUAAGUCACCUGUGAUUGAUUUCUUGACGGAGCAGAAACAGUAGCGACACAUCGAUGCUCUCUGUUUUCAUUAACAUUAAAAGCACAUGCCUCCUAUCAUAUCGACUUCAGCUUUGUGUGUGUGUGUGCGUGUGCGUGUGCGUGUGUGUGUGUGUGUGUGUGUGUGAGAGAGAGAGAAAUGUUUAUAGGCCCUGUGAAGUGAAGGUUUCCGCCUUCAUUUCUGCUCUUCAAAUCUUGAAUGCUGUUUAGAAACCCUUCGUCGAGGCUCCACAUCCCACCAGCGUCUCUGCACUCGCCCUCCAGUCUUCAUCAAAUCUGAAUUUCAGAUGAUCUCUUCAGUGUACUUUCCAAUUAAUUACAUUCUGAAUGAUACUGCAGUGACUAUUUAUUUUAAUCAUACCUUUAGGGAAGAUUGUUUGAACGUGAUUCUUCUCCCGGGCUGGUUAUAAUCUAAAAAAAUGCAUCUCAUGAUUUAAUCCAGAGUAGCCAUUUUGAAUUCACUGAUCCCCCCCCUUUUUUUUUACUACUACAUUGGAUUUUUUCUUUUCUUUGCCUGUUCACAAACAGUGGAGCUUGCUGAGAGAGGUUGUCAUGGUGAUGACAUGCAUACAAAACUGCAGCUGCUCAUCCUUUUAUCUACCUCUCAUAUCAUUCAGCAAGGGUUCAUACACGCUGUCAGAGGAGCUGUUAAGUGAUUAUAGAGGUCAAAUUAUAAGUAGGCCAGAUAUGAUAACACGUCUCUAGGGAACAAUCGGGGGGCAUAGGCAUGUAAGUCAAGUUGAUGUUUUUUAGACGAGAAACAAGCAAUUGCAAUUCAGAAACUGUAAAGCUGCUGUAUAAAUUCUAGUCUCCUGAAGCUCCUAUCGCCCUUUAGGAUCAGCAUUCAUAGGCAGGCACAUCUGGGCUUUAAAACCUGUUAUUGAAAAUAAAAUGGGUUGAAGGAUUGUCCAUAGAUCUUGUUGGCCGGCGUUUAAGUGCUAUAUCAACUUAAAAUUGUUAAGGGCAUUUGUUUUCUCUCACCUCUCGGUGGCUCCACCGGGGGGGAAGACUUUUUUUUUUGUGUGUGUGUGUUCUUAGAAGUUUAUGUCAUGGACAAUCAAAGUGCUUGUCUUGAGGUUGAGGGUGCACGAGAACAUUGAACAAAUCGAUUUUAAUUAAACCACUUUUGUUAGAAAACCUUCUCAGAAGCUAUUAUUAUUCGUAAAUAUGCAGAGCUGAAUGUGAUUUAAAGUACGUGUUCAGAGAGAAAGAAAAGAGGAGAGCAAAGAGUUUCAAUCCAUAACCUGCCAACAUCCUGUUCAAAAGCAUGGAGAAAGAUUGGUAUGUAUGCUCUCUGCUGAGCCAGGAAGCUUAAUUCAACUCAGAUGGCCAGUGCAGGUGUAGCACAUUUGGCUUAUCACAGCGGUCUCAGCCAGGAAGCACUAAACUGGAUUGGAAACGAACCUGAGAGUGUGGAUUUAGAGAAAGUGUCCUCUGUAGGAACAAAACUAAUGUGCUAAUAGCGUGCUGCAUCGCUUUGUGUGAUGUACAUUAGUGCCUACUGCCAUUUAGGCUUUGAUUAGCCCCAGUUUAAGGAGGGGCACUAAUUAAAAAAAAAACCAUAAUAAGUACAGCCUCAAACUUGAGUCGCAGAAUCCUAUUGACUUCCCAGCUGGGUGUGAAUUGUGUAAACAACAGAUAAUGGGCUAAUGCAGCAACAAAAUUGCUUCUAUCAACAUUUUCCUUUGCUCUGGAUGCUCAGAAUUUGCAUUUUGAGAAGAACAAUAAUGUGGACCAAUUUGUCACAGUUAGUAUUGAUUCAUUGAUACUCAGUCUUAUCCCUUCCAAAGGGAAUAAAUGCUUCAAAAAAAAAAAAAAAACAACCAGUGAAGUUUCUCCUUAAGUUCGACAUUUUGGGGUGUUUGCACAAGUUGAUGUUGUAUUCACUCAGAAAACUUUAAACUGAUUAACUUGGAGCCUUGUGCAUUCAAGUGUUCAGCUUUUAAGAAAAUCAUGAAUGCAGGCAGCAUUAAGUAGCCAAUGCCCCCGAAGCACGGGGAGCUGCAGAAAACCAUUAGCAGCCAUCUCACUCUUUCACUGCGAGGAUGUGAUGGAAACUACACACUAAAAAGAAAAAAAAAAAUGAAAAAGAAAAAAGAUGUCCUCUGCUUCUCUAAUUGUGCCGGAAGCAGCUAGUUAUAAUAAGGCGACACACUUAACUGGCACUAAGUGUGGAGACUUUUCAUGUAGGAAGUAACAGAGAUGUUACACACACAAAAAAAGUGCUUUCCAAAUUGUCUCCUCUGGCUGUAAAGAAAAGACUCGCUCGUGGGAAUAAUGGAAGCUUUUUUUCUUUAUUCAGUUGAUUUCUUUAAUGUGGAGCUCGAUGUUGCUUCAGUCCUGCCUUAGGAUGUAGUGUGAAGUGAUCGAUAUAAAGUCGGAUGGAGUUAAUAGGAGCAAUAUCUUUGGCAUAACCAAAGACAAUCAUUAUAAUGCUGUCUGUUUAGUGUUACGACGUGCUGCGUUCAGGUCGUCACAGUCCAUUGCCCCCCCCUUCACGUGUGUUUUGUUUGAUAUCAUUCUGUCAUCUCUGCCUUCGUUCGAAGACCUGCAGUGGCAGCCGGCGUGUUCAGCAGCUGUGGAGGGAGGAGGUAGAAUGUAUCCCAUCUCCAUUAACUUUAAGGGCUGAAGCAGACCUGCCUGUGUCCGUGUGUGCACAUGCUUGCUUGAGUAUAAAUGAAACACUUUGUGUCGGAGGGGAGGGGUAGCGGCGGUUGGUGGAGCGCCCUCUGUUGACCUCCUCUGGCCUCUCGGCUCCUGGCCUGUGGCUGCACACAGUACCUUACAGAUUUGUGACCUAUGAAUAAUGUACAAGAAUGACUAUCUCCACAUGGGAAAUAACUCUAAAAUAAGGCCUAUUUUUGUACUAUAUGAAUGGUGCAGUGUAAUUUUCUUGUAAUUUAAAGAUUUUUUUGCUCUUGUUUUUCUCCUUUUUAUUUAAUUGAUGUCAAUUAUAGAUUCUACUAAAAUAAAGAUCUAUGCAAAUUU